CAUCCAAACACGCCCCCGCCCAAAAAAAACCUGAAGACAUUCUUUUCCCUUCCUCUUCAUUCUCUCUCCUCCACUUUUUCUUCACUAACCACAACAAUGUCUUCCAUAUAAAAUCAUCAUUUCUUCAACCUUCAGAUCUACAGAUUCUCACAUUUAUAAUCUAGGUAAUCGGGGAAAUUAGAGAGAAAACGAGACAAAUGGAGGCGCAGCUGGUAGAGAGAUUGGAGAAGGCGGUGGCGCGAUUGGAGGCGCUUUCUUCUUCUUCUUCUUCUAGAAGCGUCGAUUUUUCCGGCGAAGAUGCGGUGGUGGAUCCUUCGAUCAUCGCUUUGGAUGAUCUGAUCGCGAAUUAUGUUGGUAGGGUUUCUGCUGCGGCGGAGAAGAUCGGUGGAAAGGUGUUGGAGUCUUCUGAGAUUCUCCGUGAUGCAUUUUCUGCCUUGCGUGAGCUGCUUGUUAAAGUUAAGCAUACUCAGAAGCCUGACAUGGCCGGAUUGGCUGAAUUUCUAAAACCACUGAAUGAAGUGAUUACGAAAGCUAAUACUUUGACUGAGGGGAGGCGGUCUGAUUUCUUCAACCAUCAGAAAUCUGUUUCCGACAGCCUUGCAGCUUUGGCAUGGAUUGCUUAUUCAGGCAAAGAUUGUGGUAUGAGUAUGCCUAUUGCACAUGUCGAGGAAAGUUGGCAAAUGGCUGAAUUUUAUAGCAACAAGGUUCUGGUUGAGUACAGAAAUAAGGAUCCUAAUCACGUGGAGUGGGCCAAGGCUUUGAAGGAGCUCUACUUACCAGGUUUGAGGGAUUAUGUUAAGAGUUUCUAUCCACUUGGACCUGUUUGGAGUACCUCUAGCAAAGCUACUGUCUCUGCUGCGCCUAAAGCCCCUGCACCAGCUGCUCCUGCAGCACCCCCACCACCUCCUGCUUCACUCUUCUCAGAAUCUAAACCCUCCUCUUCAAAACCAAAGGUUGGGAUGUCUGCCGUUUUUCAAGAAAUCAGUUCUGGUGGAGCUGUUACAUCAGGCCUGAGGAAGGUCACUGAUGACAUGAAGGCAAAGAAUCGUGCUGACCGCAGUGGUGUUGUCCCUGUCGUGGAGAAGGAACCACGUGUCAAAUCGUCAGCAUUUUCCAAAACAGGGCCUCCAAAACUGGAGCUUCAGAUGGGUCGUAAGUGGGCUGUUGAGAAUCAAAUCGGGAAGAAGGAUUUGGUGAUUACCGACUGUGAUUCAAGGCAGUCAGUUUAUGUUUACGGGUGUAAAGAUUCAGUUUUACAGAUACAAGGGAAAGUUAACAAUAUAACGGUUGAUAAAUGCACUAAGAUGGGAAUUUUAUUUAAGGAUGUUGUAGCAGCCUGUGAGAUUGUGAACUGCAACAGUGUGGAGGUGCAGUGCCAGGGUUCAGCUCCAACAAUUUCUGUGGACAAUACAUCUGGGUGUCAAUUAUAUCUGAGCAAAGGUUCUUUGGAGGCAUCUAUAACAACUGCCAAGUCCAGUGAGAUCAAUGUGAUGGUACCUGCUUCUGAGGCUGAUGGUGAUUGGGGAGAGCAUUCUCUUCCGCAGCAGUACAUACACACAUUCAAGGAUGGUCAGUUCGUGACAUCUCCAGUUUCCCACUCUGGUGGUUAAACUGUAGAAUCUUCAGAUAUGCGGAUUUAGGUUUUCCUCAAGUCAUCUCGUGAUUAACUUUUCCUUUAUAUCAAGGCUAAGGAGUGCAUAUUCAAUUCUUCCUUCCUAUUUUGAUAUGUUACCACAAGUGUUUUCAGAACAAAUAGGGUUUUGCAUUCGGCUUUAGUUUUCCUAAUUUAUUCUUUUAUUGAUUCAGUUGUUGUAUUAUGCUGUUUGUGGGUGAGGUUGUUGCUUUGUACGAGAUGCCUUGGUUUAUUCUCAAGCGCACUCCUGUAAGAACUCAUACUUUGUAUUGUUGUUUCUUCAGUGCUAUUAUUAAUAGAAUCGUCUGGUUUUUAUUA